AUGCACGCCAACUUUAUCAAGUCUCUGCACAGGGCGUAUCACAGAAUGGGAGAUGCAUACGUUUCGGAAUCUGAGUUCAAGGUAUUUGCUUGGCAGAAUCUAUUCAUCGGGCAGCACGUGGUCUUAAUGGAUGAUACUGAAAGACAGCUUUGCGUUGUACGACUGGUGGAAAUAUCGCUCAAGCCUUGUGAAAGUUACAACGGACCUAUGUGGUUUGAACCUCCACUCCUCUCCUUGAAUCAGCCUCCUCUCUCGAAUCAGCCGCCUCCCAAACCCUUUGGCUUCGACAUUUCCUCCGACAGUCAAUUCUGGCUUCCCAACAAGAUUAUAAAUGCCAAUUAUCGAAGGUAUACCAAGUCAGCCGUGCAUUGCAAGACCUGGGGUACAUUUUGUCCCUAUUUAUCGAUCGAGUUCAAAGCCACAACCGAUGACUGGCGCGUCGUGAGGAACCAAAUGGCUGCCGCUGGCCUGAUUUCCUUGUUCAACCGAUACCAGUUGAAGCUCGAGGCCGCUCUUCAGCCUACUCCGGAGCAAUUGAGAUUGGUUCGUCAUUACGGAUUGACGAUGGAGAGAGAACUUUGGGCAAUAUGGGUCUUUGAACCAAAAACAGCUGAUGGGGCAUGGGCUGGCUGCACAAUACGAAUGCCUGAAGCUGGGUCUUGUCUAGACGAAGGAGACAUUGUGGGAUUACUUCAACGGAUCAACGAAAUUCAUCGAUGGGGUCUUUCUGAGUACGCUCUCGGAUGUGAGGAGGAUAUCAAACAGAUUCUGAGCAGCGGUACCAACAACCUCAGAAUCUCUACGAUAGGGUCCUGA